AUGGCGCAGCAAACGGUCGCUGUUAUCGGUGCUGGCUCCAGUGGGUUGUCCAUGCUGAAGAAUCUCCGUGAAGAUGGAUUCAAGGUCACAUGCUACGAGCGGAGGAGUCAAGUUGGCGGCUUGUGGGCGUACACAGAUGACAAAAAGAUGACAACAGCCCUUCCUACUACCACUGCGAAUAUUAGCAAGUAUACCUGCGGCAUGUCGGACUUUCCAAUGCCAGACAAGUAUCCGCAUUACUUGUCUCAAUGGGACUUUCAAGAGUAUAUGGAAUCAUACGCAGUUCACUUUGACAUGCUCAAGGAUAUUGUGUUCAAUGCUCAAGUGAAGCAAGUAUCAAGAAACAAAGACGACAGCAAGUGGCAAAUAGACCUCGUUGUAGACGGAGAACCCCGAGUCGAAGAGUUCGACAAGGUAGCGUUCUGUCACGGUUACCAGACAAAGCCACGCGUGCCGGAGUAUGACGGUGUCGAGAAGUUCGAAGGCACAAUUAUGCACACCCAACAGUUCAGGAUGUCCGACGACUUCAAAGGAAAGAAGAUUGUUGUCGUUGGGAUAUCCGCCACGGCCUCAGAUGUCAUAGCAGCGCUUCUACCCGUUGCAUCGAAAAUCUAUAUGUCGCAUCGACGAGGAGCACUCAUCGUCCCCAAAUUUCGCAAAGGAUACCCACCAGACUUGAUGUCCAGUUGGCGACGACGUCAAAUCACCCUCUGGCUCCAACGCACAUUCCCAAAUCUGACGAGGUGGCUACUUGACCGACUUAUUGGGAUCAUGAUCAAGCGAAUGUACGGCGACCUCGAUCCAGCCUGGGGAUUAUUACCCGCUCCAUCUAUCACUCUUUCGCCUCGAGCUGUAUGUGACCAUAUUAUACCAUCGCUGAGAGAUGGGUCCUUGACUUCGUUACCUGGAAUCAAGCGCUUCAUCGGACCUCGCUCAAUCGAAUUCACGAAUGGGACGGUCCUCGAUGAUAUCGACUAUGUCGUAUGUGCGACGGGUUACAAAGCUGACUUUGAUGCUGCUCCAUUCUUAGACAAAAGCCGACCAUCCAACUAUGGUGGUCAAGACUUCGUCCGACUGUGGAUGAACCUCUUCCCUCCUAAAUACGCUGACUCUAUGGUCCUGCUUUGCUAUUCUGCGUUCGGCAAGAACAACGGCUUCUCUUUCUCUGACGUGACCUCGAUGGCAGUGAGCAACUUGUGGCGAGGUGUCGAGCCGUUCCCGUCAUUGGAAGAGAUGGAGAAGCAGAUCGAUCGUCAUCAAGAGUGGGUUGCAUCAAGAUGGCGGCUGGACCACGAUAUGGAUAUCUCGGCAGUGAAGAUUUGGGAAUAUCAACCUUUCCUGCAUAAAGCUGCUGGCACAGGUAUGGAGAAUCUCGGUUGGGGUUGGAAAGGCUGGAAGUUCUGGUUCCGGGAUCCGAAGAUGUCAUAUCUGAUUAAUAAUGGAGUUGAAACGGCGCACGCAUUCCGGUAUUUUGAGACAGGGAAGAGGAGGGCGUGGCCGGGAGCAAGAGAUGCUAUCUUGCAUAUGAAUGAGCUGGUCAAGCAGUUCCCGAUCAAAGAGGAGAAGAAGAUAGAAUAA